AUGGAUAACCUCUCAAAUGCCUAUUCAUUUGAGAACCAUCCAAUUAUACAGACCGUCAAAUUGAAACCUCCUGAGAUUCCUCAGAAUACUGAUUUCCUUUUUGAUGUUUUAGUAUAUCAUCACAAGAUAAUCCCGUCAGAUAACGACCUCAUUACGAUGUACAAGCAGUUCCGCAAUAAAGACAAAAUAGAAACGAUCUUAUCUCCGUUAAAACUCGAUUUCGUCUUCAAUCCUUUAUGUCUUAACAGAUUGAUAGCAAAAAAAGAGUGUACUCAAAUUGCAAUGUAUUACAUUCUUCAUUCGGCAGUCGCUUAUAUUAUUUCUCUUGAAAAUUCAUUUGAUUUUGAUGGAUUUUUGGUUGUAUUAUCAGCUUUACGAAUGAUUUCUGUGCACCCUUAUUGCAAAUUAGCGCCACUGAUGUUCUCUUACGUUAUUUUUUCCUCAGUUAAAUACACUGACAAAAUAAAUGUCGAUUUAUUGAUGGAUCAGCUGGUAGAAAUGACAUCAAAGUGCUCGAAACCACCACAACAGUUAAUAUCUGCGCUACUCUUUAUGGUAUUCUCAAUUAAUUACAAUGGAAAACUUGAUACAAAAUCCGAAACAAUAAUUUCGUUCAUUACUGAAAUAAUUCAGACAUCACCGGAUUCAAUUAACGAGAUGCAUGCAUCAGCGAUAUUUGAAAGGUGCUUUGACGAUCUCAGACUUUUAAAUUUAAAUUCAUUUACAUUUAUUCACAAAAUCGCUACAAAACUACCAUGGAACAGCGUCGAAUUAUUCUUUACAGACAUUGCAUUCUUCGUUGCGUCAUAUAUCCAUCAACAUAACGAAAAAUUUAUUGAAAAACUAAGACCGAUUGAUUCGAGGAAGCUUUCUUACCAACCACCAGAGAGGACACAUUCAUUACAGCCAGGAUCAAUGGAUGAUUCCUUAGUUUUGGCAGAUUCCAAAAAAUCUUUUCCAAUAAACUCAAUACAAGUUUCUGGAUCAUUAACUUCAUCUGAAAACAAAGAAUUACAACAAAAUGAGUCUACAGGCAAGAAAUAUGACAAUCCUUCCGUAUUUAGAAAUUCAAAUAUUAAAUUUAUCCAAAUUCCUGAGACAUACAAACUGAAAUCCAAAGAAAUAUCAAUGAUAAUGCAAUAUUUACCUGAUAAAUCACCAUUCAGUUCCGAAAUUCCGAAGUUUUCUCAACUUUUUAAUUUAUCUCAGUUAUUUCAACUUCCUCCGUCAUUCAUUGACGUUGAAAGAAGGAUUGCCUACAUCGUGAGAAUCGCACAAUCAUUUGAAAAGGCUCAGAACAUCAUUAUUGACUCAUUUAUGAAUUUAUUAAGGAACAAAUUCGACCUGGACAUCGCUUUUGCAUAUAUAAUUUUACUUUCCAAGCUCAAACAAGUUCCAAACUGUACAGAACUCUACGAUUUAAUCAAGAAAAGAGUUUUUGAUCCAAGAAUUACGAUUUUUGAUGCACAAAAAGCGUUUAUUCCUUUACUUCAGAUGAGAAUGAUAUCAUAUAAAGUGUUAUACAACUCAGAUGACUUCGAAAUUUCGAAUUUUGUCGGUGAUUUUAUUUCAUAUCCAAAAAUGAUUUCUGAAAUCAUUGUUAUUUUGAAAGAACUCUAUCACCAAAAGAAUAUUCCGCCAAAAGUCAUUGAUAAUUUGUCUCUAAUCUUCUCAAAAAUUGUUCCAAUUUACAUGAACGCAUUUCGCAACGGAGAAGAAGCGAUGACAGCACCUGUUUUGCAAGUAAUCUUUGAUUUCAUGAUCGAUUUAUUACAAAACGAUUCGAUUGGAUCAAGUUUUCUCAAUAGAGAUAUAUUUCUUUCAUUAUUAAUGUCAUUAAUCUUCGAUAAGGCCAUAAGGAAACCGAUAUUAACAAUAAUAGUCAGAAUAUUAUCAAAAGACGUCUCAAAUUCCUGUUUAUUCAAUUUUAGUGCGAUAUCAUCUGGAAUCAUGAAAUGUUUUCCAAGUUCUCAAUCAAAGAAAGCACUAAACUUGAUAUCAGACCUUCUCUUAGCCAUUUCGGACAUUAUUGAUUCAAAACCAGACACAAUUGAUUUAUUUAAUAAUAUUAUUGAAGAUAUCAAAUCGAUUUUGAUGUUUUCAUUGGAGCAAGAGUUCACAAUUGCCUGUCUCAUAUCUAUUGUCAACUUCUUUAACUCCGUUUCCAAGAAAUACUGGUUAAACAACGCAGAAAGAAAAUUGUUAAGUGAUUCAAUACUUAAAUUGGCCGGCCAAUCAAACAAAGAACUUUUUGACUCAAUGUUUUCAUUAAUCAUUGGAAAACGUAAUAAUUUAUCAAGAGAUAAUUAUAUUUAUAAUACGAGAUAUUUAGUCACUUUUUAUAUCGUUUACGGUUUGAAAGCGGUUUUGACAUUUGAAGAAUUAUCAAAAUUUGCAUAUUUUAAUUUGUACCAAUUACAUUUAGGACAAAUUGAUUUGCAAAUUUUGAAUAAUUGGGAACAAAACGGUUUUGUAAACUCCAAUGAGAAAAACUUGUUUGAAGAAAUUGCAAAAAUUUCGUCUUCAAUGAAAGUUGUCAAUACAACGAUUUCUUUGAUGUGUCCGAUAAGAAAAGACGAUAACUCUACAAAAAUGUCAAAAAAUAUUGUAAACAUUGUUGACAUUUUAGAGAAAUUGUUUGUAUCUAAACUGGACAACCCUGUUUGUUCAAUUCCAUUAAUUAAUCAUAAGAAUUUGAUUUCAAUUAAACCGCCAAAAAUCAUGUCAAAUAAUGAAUCAAAUUUGACAUUUCUUUUUUGGCUGAUUUAUGACAAAGGAAGUGAAUCAUCGAAUUUGAUUAAGAUAAUACAAGGACAAAAAUAUUUACAGAUGACAAUGGAAAAGAAUGAAAUGACAGUUAGUUAUGGAGAGUUACAAAUCAGAUUCAAAAUGACAACAAUGAUGCCGAAUGUUUGGACAUUAUUAUCUGUUACUUUUACUAAUAAUGGAAUUGAAUUUGAUUGCAACAAGAAACACCAGGAAUUCUCUUUUCCUUUCAACAUAAAGAAGAGUGAUGAAAUAAUCAUUGGUUUCCAGGGAGAAACUAACAAUCAUCCAAGUAGAUUAGGUCCAUUCUCUAUUGUUUCUAAUAUAACUAAAAAUGAUAUAGAAACAAUAAAGAAAAUUGGUCCUCACUCUCAUUCUUUAGAAAACACUUUAGUAAGUGUUGGAAUUGAAUGUCAGGAACAUGUUGUUAAACUGGAAAUAAACAACGUAAAGAAUGAGUUUUCCGUGUUAUUGAAAACUACUUCGAUUCCUGCUGUUCUUGGUUUCACUGACAUUUUAAUCAGAUAUUUUACUUCUCAAGUUUUGGUUCCAAUUUUCGCUCAAUUUUUACUAAAAAGUGACAAAAACGAUAAAUCUAUCAAAACUAAACAAAUUGUCACUGAAGAAACUAACAAAGAACAAAGUACUAAAACUGAAGAAAAAUUGGAAAAUAAAGAAAAUUCUUCUAAUGAAAAAGUGACAAAAAUUGAAGUUGAAAAUAAAGAACAAAUAAAUACAAAUGAAAUUGGAAAUUCUUCUAAUGAAAAAGUGACAAAAAUUGAAGUUGAAAAUAAAGAACAAAUAAAUACAAAUGAAAUUGGAAAUUCUUCUAAUGAAAAAGUGACAAAAAUUGAAGUUGAAAAUAAAGAACAAAUAAAUACAAAUGAAAUUGGAAAUUCUUCUAAUGAAAAAGUAACAAAAAUUGAAGAAACAAAAGAAGAAAAAUCAAAUGAAUCAAAUGAAGAAACUAUUAAAAAUUCUAAAGAUGAAAAUCCUGAAAAAUCUCCAAAUGAAAAUUAUUCCAAGAAUGAAACAGUUGUCGAUCAAAAGGAUGAAAAGUCAAAUGAAAAUGAAACUAAGAAUGCAGUAAGUGAAGGAAAUGUUUGUGAUCAAAAAGAAGAAACUAACAAUAGUUCAAAGAAUGAAACUAAUAAUUCCAAUGCUGAUAAUAAUACAAAGAAUGAAAAUAAAGAUCAAAUGAAAGUAAAGAGUGUGAAAAUUGAAGUUACAAAUGUUAGUAAGAAAGAAGUUGAUUUGAAUGCAGAAGAUGAUAUGAAGAGUGAUGGAGAGUUAUAUGAAUUAAUAAGGUCAGAAUCGAAUUCAAACAUUGAAACAUCAGAUAUUUUGUUGAAAACAAUUUCUUUGUUUAGAAUUUUAUUUACUGUUUCAAGACGAACAGAAAGAUUCUUUGUAGACGAAAAAUGUUGGCAAAUCAUUUCAUAUUUAAUAUCCAAUUACCAACAUUUACUCACAGAAUCAUCAUUCAACGCCUUCUACGACAUUUUCCUUCAUUCAACACUUAUUGAAUUCAAAGAAGAUAUUUUAAGACACAUUUUGUUGAAUCCAGAAAUUUGGAUCAAAUCAAGUACUGAUGUUUUAGUUCGUGUAACAUUCCAUUGGUUCAACACUAUUCUUCCUUUGGAGAAUUCAAUAAGAUUAAGUUUCUCUUUGUAUUACGGAUUAUUUAUCAAAACUUUGUGGUCAAAUGAUUUAGACAAAAGUGAAGCGAUUGAUUUAAUAAGAACUCAUGCAAUUCAAUCAUUGAUACAAUUGGGAAUUUCUUCAUUCACUCAAAGAGAUUUCACUCUUUUGUUUAAUACGGUUUUGACAACAAAUAACGAUAAAAUAAUCGUCAGCAGUCUUGAAAUUAUUCAAGGUUUGUGUUUGUCGAAAACGAAAUGUCUGAAUAACAUUGAUAACGAGACAUGGAAGAGAUUUCCAAAGAUAUUGGAGUUGACGAAGAAUUCAAAUGAAAAUGUUAUUUUGGCGUUGAUCAAAACUUUUUGUGCUUUGAAUGAUUGCGGAAUAUUUACUUACAAAAUUUUCAAUGUGUUCAUUGAAAUUUUCAAUAUUUUGGUCGGCCAACAAUAUCAUACUCAUGUUUUUCUUACGAGCCUUUGUAAGUUGUCCGAAUCUAAACCAGAAUUACUACAAUUAGUUUUCUCAACGAUGACUUACAAUCCAUUGUUAAUUCCAAGUUUAAUCAAGAGCGGUUUGACACCGUCAAAUUCUUUUUGUGUGAACAAAGCAUGGUCAUUUUGGCCUUUGAUAUGUACAGUUAUUAAUCCUGAUGAACUGAAUUUGAGGUUCAUUUUCAAUUUCAUUUUGAGCUGCAGUUCGAAAGAUUGGACAACAAUUUUCUUGAUUUUGACAAUGAUUUCAAACGAUAACGAUAUAAUAAGGUUAUUUUUAUUUGAAGCCUUGACAAAAACUCGUCAGUGCAUACAUACGUUUUCUGAUAACCAAAUUAAUGAUUUGAUUAAUUUCUCUUUGUAUUUCAUCUUCUACAAGACACAUGAAAAUAAUUUUUUCCAUGUUUCAAGAGCAAAAAACAAACCUCCUGUUUCUCCGGAUAAAAAGAGCAAAGUCAAGAAUUUGAUGGAAAAAUUGAAUGCUAGUUUACAACCGUCAAAACCACAUUACGGUUUGGAUAUUGACUUCGAUGAAGAAGGCAAAUUAUUGUGGAAAGAUAAUUCCAUUGCAGAAUUAAUUUUGGAAAUUUUGAACAUUUCACAAAACAAAAAUUUUGAUUCUGCAGCAGCGAUUUUGGCUUCAUUUUUGACUUAUCACAAAAAAGAAGCAUCUAAGAAGACAAUAUUAGAGUUUUUGGAGCACCAUUCGCCAAGUAAUUCAUCAAAGAACAUGCUUAGAUACAAUCUUUAUAAGAAUUACAAUUUCACUGUUGAAGAUUAUUAUGACAAAAGUUUGUUGGAUGCAAUUCCUGAAUUUUUGUCACUUUUUGAACCUAAAAAAGACUAUUUCAUAAUAGAAACUACCAUUAUUGCGAAGUUCAUUGUGAAAUACAUGUCCCAGUGUCAAAACAAACUUCUUAAAUACCAAAAUCUUGAAUCUGACACUUUACAAAACCGCCAAAGAAAACAACAUCAAUUUAAUUUAGAAGACAUGAUAGAAAGGAUUGAAAUGACUCACAAGAACUCACAAGACGGCUGGAGAAUGUUCUGGUCCAGACAAACAAGGAAUUGCGCUCCUUGGCACAAAUCAAUUCCUUAUUCCGACAACCAAAUUUAUUAUAAACUUGAUCAGACGAUAACCAGUCACUUUUGUCCGAUGAAAUUGAAAGUUAACAAGAAUUUUGAUGACCACAAAGAAGCCAGUUACGCGAGAGACUCCGGAAGUCAAACAAAAGCUCAAGAAAUGGUCAGAAAGUAUUUGGAAGAAAACAGACCUGUUGAAACUUUACCACAAUUGUUGAGUGUUUCUGACAUGGAUAACUCAUCGGCAACUAAUUACGACGAUGAAGAAGAAGGAGUAAUAUUCUCAGAUGACGCAGAACAAAUCAAACUUCUAUCAACGAAAAACGUCAAAUUCACAAUCAAAGCAAAAUUCAUCUCAAUAUCUAACAAAGAUAAAAAAGAUACUGUUUUCAUUCAAUCUGAAAAAGUGACAAUGGUACUUUUAAGAUUGUUUUCGAUGCAUCCAACAGGAUUAGAAGUAUUCACAGAAAAUGGAGAAGGUUAUUUAAUCCAUUUAUUGAAUUCCGACGGUUUGACAGUUCUCAAAAUUUUGUCAAAAGUCAAAAACUAUCAAAAAGCACGAAUUCAAACUGUUUUGUACAAAGAUUUCGUGAAUCAAUUUGAUUUCACGACGAAAUGGCAAAACGGGGAGAUUUCUAAUUUCGAAUAUUUGAUGUUUUUGAAUGUUAUAAGUGGCCGAUCAUUUAAUGAUUCGUCAAUGUAUCCUGUUUUUCCAUGGGUUGUCACGGAAUACAACUGUGAAGACAUAAAAGAUUGCCAGUACAGAGACAUGUCGAAACCAAUUGGUUGGUACGGAGAAAAUCGAAGAAAAGAGAUAAUCACGAGAAUGAAAGACAUGGAAAGUUUCGGAGAACCUGUUUUCAUGUAUUCUUCGUGUUAUUCAACACCUUUGACUGUUUUCUUGUAUAACUUGAGAAUGGAACCUUUCGCAACUUUGCACAUCCGCAUGCAAAGCGGAAAAUUCGACCACAGUCCUCGACUGUUUAACUCUGUAAAUGACGCGUUUAGAAUGAUUAUGAAUCAUAUAAACGAUUACAGAGAAUUGAUUCCUGAAUUCUUUUAUAACCCUGCGAUAUUUGAGAAUAGAAAUAACUUCGAUCUCGGAACAGUUUCCGGAAGAAGUUGUUCAAAUGUUGUUCUUCCGAAAUGGGCAAAGAAUCCUCUUGAAUUCGUUUAUCUCCACAGGAAAUGUCUCGAAAACGUUUCGAAUCUUGAAAAAUGGAUUGAUUUGAUUUGGGGAAUCGACUCAAGAGGACAAAACGCUCUUGAUAAGUUCAAUCUCUUCGAUCCUCACAUGUAUGAUGAGAUCUGGAAUAACCCUGACAAUCUAAAGGAUCCGUUGAAAUCAAUGAUUGAAGCAACAAUGACAAAUUGCGGCCAAAUUCCUCCUCAAAUUUUCACUUCACCUCAUCAGACCAAAGUCAAAAAUACUAAUCAAAUUGUAGUUAAAAAGCGAGUGAUUAAUUUGCAAGUGAAUGGAAUAAUUGGUAGCGAAAUUGAUUAUCGAAAUCAAACUGUUUACAUGAUAUCCCAAAAAGGCCAAAUAAUUCAAGUUUCGAUGACUGGCGGCCAACCAUCAGUCAAAGGCAAAAUUGAUCCAGAAAUCAUCACUAAAAGGAAAGGAACAAUCACUUGUUUGAUGAAACAUUUCUUGCUCAUUGCAACAAAUGUAAGUUACGUGAAUUGUUUCGAUGUAAACAAAUUAGAACUGAAGGAAUUUUCAUCACAUUACGGAACAGUCAGUUGUUUGUCAUCUGAUGGAAAUAUAUUUACUUCAGGGGGUGUCGAUACUUCUAUCAAAGUCAUGGAUUCUAAUUUCCAGACUUUGUUUACUUUCGUCACUCAUUCUGAUGAAGUAACUUCAGUUUUUACUUCUCAAAUCUUCAAAACAAUUAUAGCAACAACACACGAUGGAAGAGUUUUCUUUGUUGAUUUGAGGAGACAAGAUGUUUAUAGAGAAAUAACAAUUGAAAAUGGAUUCCCAAGGAAUGUUGUUGUCACUCCUGGAUGGGGUUUCGUUGUUGUUUAUUUCACAAAGAAUGAAAAUGCUGUUGAAAAUUCUUAUAUUUCUGUUUAUAGUAUCAAUGCGGAAUUAAUAAGAACUUUCAAGAUUCCAGGAACAUUAACAGCAAUGACUUCAUUCGAAAGCUCGUCUGGUUUCGAUUACGUUUUGUUUGGAUUAGAAAAAGGAACAGUUUACGGAUUCGAAGCCUUCUUUGGAUCUACAGAAAAAUUAGUUAAAAUUGAAGAUAUACAAGAACCUAUUGCUUCAUUGGCACAUAAUCAGAAACUUCAUGAAAUAUGCGCUGUUUCUGCACUAGGAAAUGUUUAUUUAUUCGGAGAUCAACAAAUCUACAGAAAUUAA